AUGUGGCACGAUGCCUCUUUGAGCCUUUUCUUGCACCGCCUCUGCAAGCUCAAAGCGCCCAAGGUUCUGAUCUUUGCAGUACUGCUGCUGUACUGGUCGGAGAAUGUGACUAUUCGUGCCGACUCUGUUGAAUGGCUGGAAUUCUUCGCCGGGGAUGCCCAAAUCACGAGACAUGUCAGUGCAUGUGGCUACACGUCUCGCAAGUUUGAUCUUCGAUACCCGAUUGAGUACAAGCACCAGAACUAUAUGGACCUCCUCACACCUGCAGGCAUGGCGCAGCUCGCCAUUGUUGGGGUCAUGUCCGCUGUGCAGGGCAAGGCCGUCGUAUGGUUGGGUUUGGUGUGCUCGAGCUUCACGGUUAUCAAUAUGGGCUGGAGCAAAAGAAGUUUCUUGGUUCCUAUGGGUGAUACCUCCAAAAGAUCGGUGGUGGAAGGCAACUGCCUGGCAGCAAGGACGUGCAUACUCAUCCAACUCAUCUUGGCCCUUGACGGAGCGCAGCAAAUGGCCGGUCCCACCGAGUCGGACCUCGAGAAAAGAAUCAAGGAGCUACGAUGCUACAUCGAUGAGAGCGCUCCCCCGGCGGCCAAGAAGCCCAAGCUGACGGAACCGAAGUCCCUGGACCCGCUCUUCGCCGAGACCUUGCAAAUGCCCAGUACGCCGGCUCCCUCGGAGUUGAACCGGAAGAUGAACAUGUUGCAGGCUGCCAAGGCAGCAGAUCCAGCAUCGAAGGCAUCGUCGAUUGCCGCAGCGAAGGAGAAGGAGAUUGAGGAACCUGAGAAGAGCUCCGACGAGGGCGACGAUGAUGAUGAUGAUAACGACCCCGACAAGGGAGAUUGGGGAUUGGGUACAACCUUAUGCCCGAAAACCGGGAAAGUGCCAGAUCAGCAUAUGGUUAUCAGUCUCGACGCCCUGAAGCAGCGGCUACGACGGGCGUGCAAGAGGCGAAAAAACGGGAAAGUCCCCGGUGGAGAGGCUGCCUUCGAAGCCUAUCAAGACGUGGAGAACAGGAAGCAGCUCGCGAAGCUGCUGGUGGAAGCGAAGUUCAACGAGGACAGGUGA